AUGGCGCUCCGCGGCCCCCCGCGGCCGCGCAAAGUUCGCAGGAGACGAGAGAUGCUGAGGCAGCAAGUUGCCUUCGUGUGCGCGAUUUUGGCCCUGGUGUGCUGUGCGUCUGGCCUCUUUGGCAGCUGGGGGCACAAAACAGCUUCUGCUAGCAAACAUGUUUUACGAGACACAUGGAGAAGUAGAAGGCUGAUGGCACCAGUGAAUGGGACUCAGACAGCUAAGAACUGCACAGAUCCAGCGAUUCAUGAGUUCCCCGCAGACCUGUUCUCCAAUAAUGAGCGACAGCACGGAGCCGUCCUGCUGCAUAUCCUUGGUGCUCUGUACAUGUUCUACGCCUUGGCCAUAGUGUGCGAUGACUUCUUCGUUCCAUCUCUAGAGAAGAUCUGCGAGAAACUCCAUCUGAGCGAAGAUGUGGCUGGAGCCACCUUCAUGGCUGCAGGAAGCUCGACGCCAGAGCUGUUUGCCUCUGUCAUUGGUGUGUUCAUCACCCAUGGAGAUGUUGGGGUUGGGACCAUUGUGGGCUCUGCUGUGUUCAACAUCCUAUGUAUAAUCGGAGUUUGUGGAUUAUCCGCAGGGCAGGUGAUCCAUCUGACGUGGUGGGCCGUGUGCCGAGACUCUGUGUACUACACCCUCUCUGUCAUUGUGCUCAUUGCCUUCAUAUAUGAUGAAGAAAUUGUGUGGUGGGAAGGCCUGGUGCUCAUCAUCUUGUACGUGUUUUACAUUCUGAUCAUGAAGUACAAUGUGAAGAUGCAGGCCUUUUUCACAGUCAAACAAAAGACCAUUGCAAAUGGCAACACGGUCAACAGUGAGCUGGAGGAUGGUAAUGAUUACUGUGAUAGUAGCUCUGAUGACCCUUCCAUGCCAUUGCUGGGGCAAGUGAAGGAGGAACUGCAGUACAGCAAAAGCCCAGUGGUGAUGGUGGAUGAGGUCAUGAGCUCCAGCCCUCCCAAGUUCACCUUCCCGGAAGCAGGUUUACGCAUAAUGAUCACCAAUAAGUUUGCGCCCAGGACUCGUCUGCGGAUGGCCAGCAGGAUCAUAAUUAAUGAGAGGCAGAGGCUGAUCAACUCGGCAAACGGUGUGAGCAGCAAGCCACUUCAGAACGGGAGACACGAGAGCAUCGAGAACGGGAAUGUUCCUGUGGAAAACCCUGCAGAGCUGCAGCGGGAUGGGGAACAGCCGCCGCCACCCCCGGAGCCAGAGCUGGUCGAGGCUGCGUUCCUGUCCCCCUUCUCCAUGCCCGAGGCAAGAGGGGACAAAGCCAAGUGGGUGUUGACCUGGCCACUCAUCUUCCUCCUGUGCGUCACCAUCCCCAACUGCAGCAAGCCCCGCUGGGAGAAGUUCUUCAUGCUCACCUUCAUCCUUGCCACGCUGUGGAUCGCUGUCUUCUCCUACUUGAUGGUGUGGCUGGUGACUAUUAUUGGAUACACCCUUGGAAUCCCUGAUGUCAUCAUGGGCAUUACUUUCCUUGCAGCAGGCACAAGCGUUCCAGACUGCAUGGCCAGCUUAAUUGUGACGAGACAAGGCCUCGGUGACAUGGCAGUCUCUAACACCAUAGGAAGCAACGUGUUUGACAUCCUCGUGGGACUCGGCAUACCGUGGGGACUGCAGACCAUGGUUAUUAAUUAUGGAUCCACGGUGAAGAUCAACAGCCGGGGUCUGGUCUACUCCGUGGUGUUGCUGCUGGGCUCCGUUGCUCUCACUGUCCUCGGCAUCCAUCUGAACAAAUGGAGGCUGGACCGGAAGCUGGGGAUCUACGUGCUGGUUCUCUACGCCAUCUUCUUGUGCUUCUCCAUAAUGAUAGAGUUUAACGUCUUUACCUUUGUCAACUUGCCGAUGUGCCAAGAAGGCGAUUAA